AUGUCAGACAACUCUCAGUUCUCUUAUUCGGUCACCGAAGAACAGGAGCAGAGACGACCCAACCCACCGAAGCUAUCAGCAUCCUGCAUCCUCCUACCCAUAAAAGGCUUAUUUUGGGUUCAAGAAGACUUACCACCUGACUUCCCCGAAUGGUCGCCUAUGGGAUCUGUCUCACAUGCGGCACGCCGAAAGCCCGCUAAUCCCGUACCUGCCGUCACACGGGAUUAUAUGGAUCCGUCAAAGUCUGGAAUAUCCCGUUCUGACAGCUCUGUGAAACGUCCCGAGCUAAACGAGCCAACGGAAGUGAAUGUCAGAAAUUCGCUGCGGUGUUAUCGCUUUGCGCAUCCAUCUAUGGGCGUCGAGCUUCUGUAUGUGUUUCCUGAUGAAAGCGCUGCAAUGGCCUGUCUCAAACUCUGUGAG